AUGCUUCUUUUACUCUGGCUUAUCACACUAGCGGUGGCCCAGCUCAACCUGACGGCGUUCCCCACUAACGGCACCGUCGCCAAAAACACGCUGACGUCAAUUGACCCCAAUUACGACUGGCGCCAGUUCCACUACCAAGGGAUCGCGUUGGGUGGGUGGCUUGUGCUCGAGCCCUACAUCACCCCGUCGCUUUUCCUUCAAUUUAACGCCACCAAUUCCUCGGCUACCAUCCCCGUGGACGAGUACCAUUUCUGUAAACAGCUUGGCCAUGAUGAGGCGGAAAAGCAACUCCAGCAACACUGGCUGUCGUGGUUCACUGAAGAUGACUUUGCUGACAUUAAGAACUAUGGGUUCAACAUGGUGAGAAUCCCUAUUGGCUACUGGGCGUUCCACACGUUGGACGGUGACCCUUAUAUUAAAGGGGCGGCUGACUAUUUGGAUAAAGCGCUUGAAUGGGCGAAAAACCAUGAUUUGAAAGUGUGGAUCGAUUUACACGGGGUUCCAGGACUGCAGAAUGGGUUUGACUCGUCGGGUUACCGUGAUAUUGGCUACCCUGGUUGGUUCAACUCGACUAAUAAUGUUAACGUUACUUACCAAGUACUUAACACUAUCUUCACCAAAUACGGUCUGGGCGAUAUGGCUCAGCAAUAUAAGGAUACGUUGCUCGGCAUUGAGAUUGUUAACGAACCGUUAGGUGGUACUUUGGACACCAAUGAGAUUAAGAAGUUUUUCCAAAACGCUUACAUUAAUGCUGGCAAUUUGAUGGAAUUGAAAAACAUGAUUGUCUUUCACGAUGCCUUCCAACCGACAUCUUACUGGAACGAUUUCCUUAAUACGUCGGAUAACGUUUUAAUUGACCACCACAAGUAUGAGGUGUUUACUGAAGAGCAGCAACCGAUGAAUAUCACUGAACACAUGAACAACAUUAAGGGGCUUGCAGAAGGUAUUAGUAACGAGACUCACCCGGCGGUGGUGGGUGAAUGGUCAGCAGCUUUAACUGAUUGUACUCCUUGGCUCAACGGCGUGGGGUUAGGCUCUCGCUAUGCUGGUGAUCAACCCUACAAUUUCAACCGUACCGGUAGCUGUGACGCCAUUAAUGAUAUCAACUCGUGGCUGAAACUUAAGCGGAAGAACACUCGUAAGUUUAUCGAAAUGCAAUUGGACCAAUACGAGUCAAAGAUGAACGGGUGGAUCUUCUGGUGCUACAAGACGGAAACUACCAUCGAGUGGGAUUUUAAACGGCUUGUGGAAUACGACAUGUUCCCUCAACCGUUCUCUAACCGUACUUACAUUAAGAAUGGUAAGGAUACUGACCUGGCGGCAUCGGCUGUCAACCCCGGGUGGCUCCUCCUUGCUCUCGCCUUACCCAUCAUCUUUUAG